AUAUGUGUACUGAGUUCAGUGUGAAUACGGCAUAGUGUUGGGAGUGUUGUGUCUGAAGUUGGUUUGUUUACAUAUAACCGGUUCGCUGUUUGUUGUUCUCCAUCUUGUUUUUUCUAUAAUUUUUAAUACAAAAUGAUAUUAACACUGCUGUUUGCGGGUGUGGCGGUGGGACUACUGGUGCUGUACAUUAGACAGUUCUAUUUCUUCUACAAGGAUGGCAUCAAGUACAAGACUCCAGUCCCACUACUGGGCAACAUGGCCUCUGUAAUAUUACGCCGGGAGCAUUACGUGAAUAAUCUGCAGAAUUAUUACAACAGCUUUCCUGAAGAAAAAUUUGUAGGCAGAUUUGAAUUCAUUACAAAGUUUAUAUUAGUCCGUGACAUUGACCUGCUCAAAAAGAUCGCUAUCAAAGACUUUGAGUAUUUCACCGACCAUCGCAGUUUCGAUGGCGAAUCUUUCUUUAAAAAAACUUUGUUUCUAAUGAAAGGUCAAGAAUGGAAAGACAUGCGUUCCACGCUGAGUCCAGCCUUCACGAGCUCAAAGAUACGACUGAUGGUGCCUUUCAUGAUGGAGGUCGGAGAUCAGAUGAUGCUUUCACUAAAUAAAAAAUUGGGGGAUUCCAAAGAUGAUUACGUGGACAUUGAUUUCAAGGACCUCACAACACGGUACGCUAACGACGUCAUAGCAUCUUGUGCUUAUGGUCUGAAGGUGGACUCUCAGGCUGAUCCAAACAAUCAAUUCUAUAAUAUGGGGAAGAAUCUAUUUGAUUUCAAAUUCAUUCGAAUGAUAAUGUUCUUCGUUUUAUUGAAUGCACCUAAAUUAGCUAAGAUAUUUAAUUGGGAUAUUGUACCAGCCUCUGUGAGGAAAUUCUUUACUAGUUUAGUGCUGGAUACAAUGAAGGAUCGACAGCAACGGAAUAUUAUCAGACCCGAUAUGAUCCACUUGUUAAUGGAAGCUAAAAAAGGACAACUAUCUCAUGACGAGAAAUCUAACGAUACUUCUACUGGUUUUGCAACUGUCGAAGAAUCAUCAAUUGGAUUAAAAAAAGUGGUGAAUCGAGAAUGGAGUGACAUCGACAUAGUAUCCCAAGCAUUCCUUUUCUUCAUCGCUGGCUUCGAAACUAUUUCGACCACUAUGUCUUUCAUGAUGUAUGAGCUAGCUGUGAACCCUGACGUACAGGACCGGCUGGUGCAGGAGAUAAGGGAACAUGACGCUAAGAAUGGUGGCAAGUUUGACUUCAACUCCAUACAGAGCAUGAAAUAUAUGGACAUGGUUGUGUCGGAGGUCUUGCGACGAUGGCCACCAGCUGUUGCAGGUGAUAGGGAAUGUAUUAAGGAUUAUAAUAUGGGCAAACCAAAUAAGAACUCCAAAGAAGAUUACAUUAUUCGUAAAGGUACUAGCGUCAUGAUCCCAACUGUUGCUAUCCACCGCGACCCUCAAUACUUCCCUCAGCCAGAAAAGUUUGACCCUGAGCGCUUCUCCGAAGAAAACCGUCACAACAUUAAUAUGAAUGCCUACAUCCCCUUCGGAAUGGGUCCUAGGAAUUGUUUAGGAUCGAGGUUUGCUCUCUGCGAGUUGAAGGUAAUGGCCUACCAACUCUUACGUCACAUGGAAGUGUCUCCAUGUGAGAAGACCUGCAUCCCUGCCAAGCUCGCUGUUGAUAACUUGAACAUCAGGCUGCACGGAGGACACUGGCUUAGAAUAAGACCUAGAAAAUCUAUGAGUACUUUAAUGUACCUACUGAUGCACUAUAUACUAUACAUACAUACAUAUGGAUGUACAUUACAGUGUCUGGUCCGCCUAGAUAGUAGUUACCAUACGUUGCUAGCCAGAGCGUUGAAUAACACGUACGUAAAGAACGUUUUGUUUACAUCCAGCUUAUGUUUGUGCACGAACCGGCAACUGUUAUUUAAUACAAUGAUAAUUUUUCUAAUUUGGUUGGUGGUGCUGAUCGCGGCCCUGGUGCUGCAUCUUCGGCAAAUGCACGCCGCAUUCAACAGACAUGGCAUCAAAUACUUGAAUCCAGCACCAUUGUUAGGGAACAUGUCCAACACCGUAUUUCUACGACAACACUUUGCUUAUGAUAUUCUUAAAUUGUACGGGACCUUUCCAAAAGAUAGGUUUGUUGGAAGAUAUGAAUUCACGAAUAAGACUAUAAUACUCCGUGACCUGGAUCUGGUGAAGAAAAUCACAGUCAAAGACUUUGAGGUGUUCCUUGAUCAUCGCGACUUCGGUAGAGAUGCGUUUAUCGGCAGAGCUUUAAUAUUAUUGAAAGGCCAAGAAUGGAAGGACAUGCGUUCCACGCUGAGUCCAGCGUUCACAAGCUCCAAGAUACGACUGAUGGUGCCUUUUAUGGUGGAAGUCGGAGACCAGAUGAUACGAUCACUGAACAAAGAAAUUGAAGCUUCACCUGAUGGCUACAUAAAUGUCGAUUGCAAGGACCUUACAACCCGCUACGCAAAUGAUGUUAUAGCUUCUUGUGCUUUUGGUCUAAAAGUGAAUUCUCACGAAGAGAAAGAUAAUGAAUUCUACGUGAUGGGUAGAAAAGCAGCAAAUUUCACUUUACGUGAUAUGUUCAUGUUCAUCUUAAUUGUCGCUGCUCCAAAACUAGCGGCGUUUCUAAACUGGAAAUUGGUACCAGAUACAAUGAAGAAUUUUUUCAUAAACUUGGUCUUGGACACAAUGAAGGACCGUGAAUCGCGACACAUUUUUAGACCAGAUAUGAUUCAUCUACUUAUGGAAGCUAAAAAAGGUCAAUUGACUCAUGAAGAUGCUAAGUCUGACAAUGAUGCUACUGGAUUUGCGACUGUUGCAGAAUCAUCAGUUGGGCUUAAAAAGACUGCCAAUCGAGUUUGGAAUGACAAUGAUCUAAGUGCUCAAGCAUUCUUGUUUUUCGUUGCUGGGUUUGAAACUGUCUCGACCAGUAUGUCUUUCUUACUGUACGAGCUGGCAGUAAACCCUGAUGUGCAAGAGCUGUUAGCACAGGAGAUAAAGGAACAUGAUGCUAAGAAUGAUGGCAAGUUUGAUUUCAACUCCAUUCAGAACAUGAAGUAUAUGGAUAUGGUUGUCUCAGAGCUUCUCAGACUAUGGCCACCACUCGCAGUUAUGGAUAGAGAAAGCAACAGGGAUUACAAUAUGGGUAGACCGAGUGAAGAUGUCGAAAAAGAUUAUAUUUUGCCUAAGGGUUCUACAGUGUUUAUACCAGCCUUCGCUUUCCACCGCGAUCCUCAGUACUUCUCAAAUCCUGAAAAGUUCGACCCAGAGCGAUUCUCCGAAGAAAACCGACACAAUCUUAAUUUGAACGCCUACAUGCCUUUUGGCAACGGUCCAAGAAAUUGCAUAGGGUCGCGAUUUGCUCUCUGCGAACUGAAAGUGCUGACCUAUCAGAUACUGCUGCACAUGGAGCUGUCUCCAAGUGAGAAAACUCCAAUUCCAGCCAGGUUGGCUGCUGAUAACAUCAACAUCAGGUUGCAAGGUGGACACUGGCUUAGAUUUAGACAAAGGAAAUAUGAACCAGUCUGUCGACAGAGUCACACGUUUUUAUCUAAUAUUUUGUUUGUUUUGUGUCAUUGUGUCUGUUUUGUUGAGGAUUUUGCUUCUGUUUAUAUGAUGAUAAUAUUACUGAUAUGGGUGGCAGUAUUGAUCGCUGUGGUAGUGCUAUAUCUACGUCAGCUCUAUUCAACAUUUAGCAGACAUGGCAUAAAGCACUUCAAGCCUGUCCCACUGCUGGGCAAUAUGAGCAAAGUUCUGCUCCGAAGACAACACUUGGUGUAUAAUAUUGUUGAUUUAUACAAUGCCUUCCCUGAAGAGAAAUUUGUGGGUAGAUUUGAAUUCCUGAAUGAGGCAGUGCUGCUUAGAGACUUGGAGCUGGUAAAAAAAGUUUGUGUCAAAGACUUCGAGUACUUCGUUGAUCAUCGCAGCUUUGGAAUCGAUUCGUUUUUCGCAAGAACUUUGUUUUUAUUGAGCGGCCAAGAAUGGAAAGACAUGCGCUCUACGUUGAGUCCAGCAUUCACGAGCUAGAUACGGCUGAUGGUGCCUUUCAUGGUGGAGGUCGGAGACCAGAUGAUCAAUUCACUCAAAAAAAGGACUGCGGAUUCAAAAGGUGGUUACAUAGAUAUUGACUGCAAGGACCUCACGACCCGGUAUGCAAACGAUGUAAUAGCCUCAUGUGCUUUUGGCCUGAAAGUGGACUCACAGACUGAACAGAACAAUCAGUUCUACUUGAUGGGCAAGACAGUAACAAACUUCAAUUCGCUUCAAAUGUUAAAGUUCUUCUUGAUGAUGAAUAUUCCGAAAAUUGCUAAGAUAUUUAAAUGGGAUAUAGUCUCAGAUUCAGUUAAGAACUUUUUCAAAAAUUUAGUGUUGGACACUAUGAAGGAACGAGAAAUGAACAACAUUGUGAGACCUGAUAUGAUUCAUUUGCUUAAAGAAGCUAAAAAAGGUAAACUAUCUCAUGAUGAUGUCCAAUCAAAUGAUGAUGCAGCUGGAUUUGCGACUGUUGAAGAAUCUUCGGUUGGACUAAGGAAAGUCAAUCGAGAGUGGAGUGACAAUGACCUGGUUGCCCAAGCAUUCCUGUUCUUUGUGGCCGGUUUUGAGACAAUUUCGUCAAGCGUGUGUUUCUUAUUAUACGAAUUGGCUGUAAAUCCUGACGUACAGGAGCGCCUGGCACAAGAGAUUAGGGAAUAUGAUGCUAAGAACGGUGGCAAAUUCGACUUUAACUCUAUACAGAGCAUGAAGUAUAUGGAUAACGUUGUCUCUGAAUUAUUGCGACGAUGGCCUGUAGCUGCAGUUACUGACAGAGUUUGUGAAAAGGAUUACAAUAUGGGUAAACCAAACGCCACAGCUGAGAAGGAUUUCAUUGUGCGUAAAGGUGCAGGGAUAAUGAUUUCAGCCUUUACUUUUCACCACGACCCUCAGUACUUUCCGGAGCCAGAAAAGUUCGACCCUGACCGUUUCGCCGAAGAAAAUAAACACAAGAUCAAUCCGAACGCAUACAUGCCUUUUGGUGUUGGUCCUAGGAAUUGUAUAGGGUCAAGAUUUGCUCUCUGCGAGAUAAAAGUGAUCACCUACCAGAUUUUGAGGCACAUGGAGCUGUCACCAUGUGAGAAGACCUGCAUCCCUGCGAAGCUUGCCACCGACAAUAUGAACUUUCGGCUACAUGGAGGACACUGGCUCAGAUUUCGAUUGAGGAAAUAA